CUAUUUCAUGUUGUUGUCUCUUUCUUGGACUAUUACAUAGUAUUAGUAUAUCUUCUCAGUCUUAUGCUACUCCUAUGCUAUAAGAAGAGGCAACCCAUUCAUUCAUACUCAUGCGCGCCACUUCUGUGCAUGACGAAUACCAGCUAGUCGAUCUGUGUUCCGUGUUUGACAUUAUUAUUGCUGCCCAAGAUUGGGCGGCGAAAGUAAUUAAUCAAGGGGACGGAAUAAGCUUAAGCAGUUGCGAUCGAUCGGCGGCCAUGGCCGGAGGCGGCGACGAUGCAGAGGAGAUAACGCUGGAGCACACGCCCACGUGGAUCGUCGCCUCCGUAUGUUCCAUCAUCGUCGUCAUCUCCCUGCUCUUCGAGCGACUGCUCCACCUCCUCGGCAAGAGGCUAACAAAAGGGCGCCGGAAGCCACUGUACGAAGCCCUCCUCAAGGUCAAAGAAGAGCUGAUGCUGCUGGGGUUCAUCUCCCUGCUGCUCACCGUGUUCCAGGGCACCACGCAGAAGAUAUGCGUCCAGGAGAGCGUGAUGCGCCACCUCCUGCCCUGCUCGCUCCCCGCCGACGACAAGGUCACCGCGCACUUCAUGAUCGCCGGCGGCGGCACGAGGAGGCUCCUCGCCGGAGGAGGCGCCUCCAGUGACUACUGCCUCAAGGGCAAAGUUCCAAUUCUUUCGGUAGAAGCUAUUCAUCAGUUACACAUAUUUAUCUUCGUCUUGGCAGUCACGCAUGUGGUUCUCAGUGCUGUUACAGUUAUUCUUGGAAUCACACAGACAAGAAACUGGAAAUAUUGGGAGGACAAGAUCCAGCAAAACAAUGAUAGUGCUCCUCAAAUGAUCAAACAUGUGCAAGAAUUCCAAUUUAUCAAAAGUCACUUCAGAGGUCAUGGAAAAAGAUGGGGAAUAUUCGGUUGGCUGCGCUCUUUUUUUAAACAAUUCUAUGGGUCAGUCACUGAGGAGGACUACACAACCCUACGACUUGGUUUUGUUAUGAAACACUGCAGGGGGCAUCCAAAAUUCAACUUUUACAAUUAUAUGAAUAGAGCAUUGGAAGUGGAUUUCAAGAAAGUCGUUGGCAUAAGCUGGUACCUUUGGGCUAUGCUAAUGAUAUUCUUGCUACUCAAUGUUCAUGGAUGGUACGUCUACAUUUGGCUAUCAGUAGCCCCAUUCAUUUUGCUACUUGUGCUCGGAAGUAAGAUGGAGCAUAUUAUCACGGAGUUGGCUCUUGAGGUUGCCCAAAAACAUACGGCAAUAGAAGGGGUUCUAGUUGUAACUCCUUCGGAUGAACUCUUUUGGUUCCAUCGGCCUAAACUAGUUCUUCUCUUGAUUCAUAUCAUCUUGUUCCAAAAUGCAUUUGAAAUUGCACUCUUCUUCUGGUUGCUGGUCACGUAUGGGUUUAAUUCUUGCAUUAUGGGAGAACCAGCAUAUGCUAUUAUUCGUGUGGUGAUAAGUGUCAUCAGCCAACUCUUAUGUGGAUACAGCACCCUACCUCUCUACGCUCUUAUCUCCCAAAUGGGAAGUUCUUUUAAGAAGGCCAUUUUCGAUGAAAAUAUCUCCGAAGGCCUCACCAACUGGGCAGAAAAUGCUAGGAGGCGUAAUAGAAUGGCAACAACAAGUGUCAGUGACAAUUCACCUAUUGGUGAGGGAAUUCAAAUGUCAAAUAAGGCACAGAGAGAAUCAGCAAUGGAACAAGGAACUGCAAGGUUGAUCUAAUGUGGAUGUACAAGCUAGUGCACAAUGUACAUAUACUAGGUAGGUAAGCGCACUUCGCCGCACCCAUAGUGGCUGCUGGCUCCAAUAGACAUCUCUGUAUUAUGAAGUGCUGCUCUACAACAUGUCUGCCAUGGGCACAACAUUAACAUAUGUAUAACAUAGUGAAGAGUUUAGACAACUGAAUUGUGCAUUAGUUAAAUAAAUGUGUUAAUAGUACCACAUAUAUGUAUAGGCUUUUCCAAGAGAAGAGAAAACAGUUUGUAAACAUCAUGGCAAGAGAGGUUCUUGCUUCGAUUUCAAGUAGGAACAUUUUGUUGUGAUAUAGUAAAAUUCUUGUGGAUUGAAUGAAAACACCUACAGGUGGCCCCUCGCCUCCAAAUUAGUGUAUCAAGAAUCAAACCACAUGUAAUAUAUUUGUAUCACCUCUGUGCUCUUGGAUUC